GUGCGGUUCAACAUCCCAGGCAUUUGGCAACAAGGGGGUUCUGUCAAAAGUUCUUUUCGCUGUAGCAUUCGUUCAGGUUCUAGAUCCGUCUAACGUUGUUAACUGUGCAAAAUGGUGACCGCCAAGAAGCAGAAAAAGGCUUUGGAGAGCAUCAACUCUCGCCUGGCGCUGGUGAUGAAAUCUGGCAAGUCCUGCCUGGGCUACAAGCAGACUCUGCGUACCCUCCGCCAGGGAAAGGCCAAGCUGGUCAUCAUUGCCAACAACACGCCGCACCUCCGUAAAUCGGAGAUCGAGUACUAUGCUAUGCUGGCCAAGACCGGUGUGCACCAUUACAACGGCAACAACAUUGAGCUGGGUACGGCCUGCGGUAAAUACUUCCGCGUGUGCACCCUCUCGAUCACCGACGCCGGAGACUCCGAUAUCAUUCGCAGCCUGCCGGAAGCACAGGCCGGUGGACAGUAAAUGGUGACGUGCUGUAUAUAUUCCGCCUGUCGGGCUUUUCCAUUGUAUGGGAAAUGCCGGCGAGGCAGUUAUUAAAAUAAAAAAAAGCGGUGUCUGUAGGCACACAGAACCCGACGAAA